AUGACCAGCAUUGAGGCAACCCGAUCAAGUAACCUCAUCCUAGACUAUUGUUUGUUAUUUGGUAACAGUGUGUUAGUGUUAUUUGAAUCAAGAGGUUCACACUCAUUCAUAUCCCAUGACUGUGUGAAGAAAUUGGGAUUGUCGACUCGUGACCUGGGAUGCGAGUUGAUAGUCUCGACACUAGCAUCUGGAAAAGUUUCAACAAAUUCAGCCUGUGUUGGAUGCUCGGUGGAAGUAGAGGGUAUACGAUUCAAGGGGAACCUCAUUUGCUUGCCUUUGGAGGGACCAAAGGUUAUAUUGGGAAUGGACUGGCUGUCUAUCAACCAUGUGGUGAUUGAUUAUGGACAGCGCAAAAUUAUAUUUCUAGAAACUAAAGGGAUAGACUUGGUAUCAUCACAAGAGGCAGUGAAAGAUGUGAAGGGAGGAGCUACUUGUUUUGUGAUAGUGGCUCAAGAGAAAAAGAAUAUCACAAGAGAGCAUAUCAGUAGAAUACUGGUAGUAGAUGAAUCGCCGAUGUAUUCCCAGAUGAGAUACCCGAGUUACCACCUAGGAGGGAUAUAG